AUGGCAAAUGGCGACAAUGCAUUUAGCCAUGACUCUGUCAGCUCCGGCCAGCUCCAACCUCUCAACACCUGCGUGCGGGCCAAUGGCCAUCUCAACCAUCGCAAGGUCUCCGCCUUCCUCGCUGGCAUGCAGCGCUCGACCGGCCUGACUUUCAAGACAGACAGAGCUGCCGGCGAAAACAAGGACAUGACGAAGUGGAUCGAGAAGUAUCUCGGUGUCGGCGAGUGGGUGAUGGAUCAGUCCGUCGCUAUCGCCGGCUCCAGCGGUUGGUUCGAACGCAGGCGAUAA